AUGUCGUGGCUAGGGGGUGACGACCCCGGGGGCGGGUUUGGAUACGAGUACCCUUGGUGGGUCGAAGGAGAAGGUGAAGGUUUGGGCUCCAACAGAACGUUGGAGGAACGAUGUCGUACCCUGGACUACGACUACCAUGUGGUCACGGCCGUCAUCAGCGGCAUGUUCCUCGUCUUCGGCGUCGUCUACAGCCUCUUUGGAUAUAGAUGCUUCAAAGCUGUGAUGUUCUUGACCGGAUUCAUCUUCGCAUCGGUCGUCGUCUACCUUAUAUGUCUGAGCGAGGACCUCUUGCCCAUGAUGGGCAAUGCAGGCGUGGCUUUGGGAGCCGGCGUCAUGUUCGGCCUCAUCACCAUGCUUGUGCAGUACGUAGGCCUAUUCAUGACUGGCUUACAUACUGGUCUUUUCUUGGGCAUAGCGGGCAUUGCCAUAGCAUACAACUGGUGGAUACCAAGCAGCGUGUGGCUAGUCGUUGGUAUCCUUUUGGCUGCCGGAUUGUUAUUAGCAAUUAUGACCCUAUAUUUCCAAAAGGGCCUCACCAUUUUGGGUACAGCCAUUAGUGGUGGAGCUAUUAUGUCUGCCACCCUCGACUACUUUAUAGAGAAGUUCCUGAUGGUGCGUUGGUUUGAGGAGCGACUAAAGGCUGUGGAAAGUGAUCCUCCUUGUUGGUUUUCUUGGAUGAUUCUUGGUGUUUGGCCUUUCAUGGUGAUUGUUGGAAGUCUAACUCAAUGGAGGAUCACAGGCAGGGGCAUCUAUCAUCAGCAACUGGUACCCUCCAAAAAGUCUAGGAGUGUCAACCUCCAGCGAAUGAGGAGUCGAGAGGCCAGAGCUGAGAUGCGGCAGAAGAAGUACAGAUACCUUUAUCAAGUUCGUACUGCUCAUGGAGACAUCAUCAGCCAGGAGUAUAUACAGAGCCUGCAGAGAAAGGCUUAUCCAACUGGUGAUAAUGGAACUCUUCAGUCAGAUUCAACUCACACCACAAUGUUACCUCCUGAACAGUCGCAACUGGCACCUCUCACAGAAAGUGAGGAUGAAACAGGGGGAUCACAGCCUCCUCCAACACCACCUGAAGCGCCAAGGCUUACCCGCGUUACUAUGCAUUAGCUUUGGAGCAUAAAAAUAUUUUAUCAAAAAGACACUUCCAUUAUGUAACUAAAUAUAAUUUUUGUUACUGCUGUUGCCAUGUACUGUGUAUGUGAAUGAAAUACUAUUGCCUUCUCUGUAUAAAGUAAAAGAUGCUUUCUAUUUACAAUAAAGUGCGCAUGUAAAAAAUAAUAAGUGAGGAGGCUAUGUUGUACUGUAAUUCAGAUCUUCUUGUGAUACUCAAUAGGAAAGUGUGCGUUUGUGUGUUUGGGCAUAUAUCCAUUAACCCAAGUAGUGUUGUCUUUUCUUGGCCCACUAAAGCAGAACUUCAUUACAUGUGGAUGCCAUGGAUUCAGUAGUGUUAGAAAAAGAUAAAUUUUGAGCUGCAGAACCUAAACCAGGUGUACAGCAUAUUUUAUGAAAACAGUUUUAGAAACGUGAGUUAACGAAAGGAAAUCUCUUAAUAUUUGUAAAAGAAAAAAAUAGUGGUGGGACAAGAUUGACACUUGGAUUAAACUACUUCCGUUCUGUAGUGUUGGUCUAAAGCCUUUUUUUUUUUUUACUGCAAGAAACCUACUAGUGUACAUAUGCAGUAUAAAGUGAUCACGUUCUUCAAAGCCAGUUAAAAAGUACUGUAUGACAAAGUAUCAAGCAUUCCAAAGGUUAGUAAAAAUGUACAGUACUGUACUUUUGGAACAGCUCAAAGAUUUGCAAAACCAAAAAGAUUCCAUUUUUUCUUGCUUAGAAGAAACUCCUGGCUCAAGCUAUUGGUAUAGCACUGCCUCUGGAAAGCUCAAUCAACCAUGAAAGAAGAGUGUAAGCAGCACAAGUAUGCCACAUGUCUUUCUGUCAUAGUUAUAGAAAUAGGAUUGUUAUUAAUGCAGUUGUAAAGAAUGUUUGAUGAAUCUCUGAUGGCAUUAGCAAUGGCUUUAAAGUCCUUUUUUGUUUUUGAUAACGUAUAACAGUACUACUGUUGUGAGUGUUCAUUGUAAUCAUUUAAGGUAUUUUAAUGUUUUGACAAAUUCUUGUAAGUAGCAGUGUAUAUAUUUUCCAGUUGAGCAACCUAGUGGUAUUUCAUACUGGAUUUUUCAUCCCUUCUGAUUUUUUCCUACUCUUAUGUUUUUAGUACUGAAACUAUUUAUUUGUAGGCAUGGCGUAAUGAGGGAAUUUAUGAAUUUAACCUUAAGUUAUUCCAUUUUUUCCAGGUAAGUACGUUACCUGAUUUGUAAGAGAAGCAUGGAGUAGUUUUGAGCAGCUUAAUAGUUUUACAUGACAUCAUUAAGACAUGUACGAGAUCUAGCAUCACUUUUGAUCAUUCAGGGAAAAGAAAGACAAUACCUGGUACAAGGAACAUAAAAUCACUAGAUUAAUAUAGUUUUGGAAAGUAUUGUGUGUAAUUUUCUUCAGACUCCUCUAGGUACUUAGAGUAGAUUACUGUACUUUACCUCCCAGUCUUUCUUAUUUCUUUUAAAAAAUCAGUUUGAGGACAACCAAUAAGGGCUAUAAUUUUUCUAUAACUCAUGCAUUUUGAUGUUUAUUUUUUACUUAUUUUUACAUACAGUAUAUAAACAUACAGUAAAAUAAUAUUUGACUUUUGCUGUUAUAUUAUGUGAGCUUUUUAUUAUAGUGAAGCAUUCUAACUAAUUAUCAGGCACUAAUUACAUAUGCCUUUAUCAUAGCUAUGGAUUUAUCCAAUUUAAUCCAUACUUUUCUUGCAAGUGUCUUUUUCAAAAUUUCCUUGCAUUUAGCAAGUUUCACAGAUAAUUUACAAAACCAACCAUAGUUCAGAAGAAGAAUGACAGUAUUAUGCCAACAGUUUACAAUUACAUUGAAUAUAAAAAAAAAACUUUGGUACAUGUAUUAAUGAGAAAAAAAUCAGUGUUGUGUAUGUAAGGUUUAAUUCAUACAGAGUUUACCAUUAUCAGUGAUUAUUUUAAAUGUUUAUCCUUCCAAGAAAUGCAUGUUUUGCAGCCUGGUUUAGUUUUGAUGAUGCUAGUGUUGUUUUUUUUUUAACUUUUCGUUUAUGAAAAUUAAAAUCAUAAUCAAAGUUUUUCCAUUGCAGAGGAGAUCAUCCUAAACUGGGACUUGUAUAGGGGUAAAUAUAAAACUUAACUACAGUCAACUUCAUAAAUUACUUGAUAUGUCUCGAGCUCAAAAACAAAAAAAGGAGAUUGAUUUAAGUGUUAUUUUUAUAUUAGAAGGGAUCUCUGUGACUGUUUAACUAACCCUUUGUGGUCCUUUAUGGUUUCUGUAGUGGCCACUAUCAGACUUGUGAAUAGCAUUUUUUUCAUUAUGUUAGUCCCCAGAUAUGCAAGUAUGUUGUCAAAGUUGUUUCAGUUUCUAUCUUGCAUUAGAAAGAAUGACUAAUUAGAUAGUCAAAAUCAUUAUGAAAUGUAUUCAUUUUGUGCAGAAUGAUAGUUGUCAAAUUUUUUCAGCAUUUUGUCCGUACAUACUAAAUUUACAUUAUUUAAGCAGUUACACUAAUGCAGUACAUAUUUUGCUUGAGUACUGUAAGAAAUGUAAUGAGAACAACCUUAUUUCAUAGGUAAUGAUUAAGCUGUUCCUCUCAGAGAUUCAACAAUAAGAGUCUUGGGUUGGAAAAAAGGCAGAAUUUUUCUGUUUUACUGAUGGACUGAUCAGAGUCAAAUCUUGAGCACCCAACCUUGAACUCAUUACCUUUGGGAAUGUAAAGCCUAUUGAAUGCCAUAUGGCCAAGUUAAUAGUAGUGGCAUACAUAAAGGCAUUGUAGCAAAACCAUUUUUAAAACCUUUUCUAAAUGUCGGAUCCUUAUAAACCGAGGAAUUCUACAUUUUUACAUUGCCAUAUUGUCAUUAUAAAGAAUCAUUCCUGAAGGCUUUCAAAAAUAUGUUCUUUCAAUUUAAUGAUGCAUCCAGAUCUCAGUGGUCUGGUCAAUGAUUUUGGUUGCAUUUAGAAUGUUAGCAUUGUUUUAGAAGUACAAAUACCACUACUAAUUGUUUUCAGAGAACUGGGUAUUUUUCUCAAGUAAACAAGUUAAAGAUUUUUAUUUUUAUUUUUACCGAAUUGUAUUUUACAUCCCCUAGAAUGAGUCUUUGGUUUUAGAUAUUUGAGUUAGGUUGCUAUAGAAAUCUUACAUAAAAGCUUUUUAAAAAAGUUUGUUGAAUUGUAUAAAGUAAAUGUAAUGGCCCUGUAUGCAGCUUAUACACAUUUGUGUCCAAGUUUCAUGGAUUGUAUACUUAAGUGUUUAUAAUUUUCUCGUUGAAAACUAAUUAGGCUGAUGACCAAACAGGUGAUAUUAAAUGGACCUCAAAGGGUAAGACAAACUGUACAGUUUUUACGCUUAUCUUCAUUCUUUUAGAGGAUUAUGGGGUUGUCACUGCCAUACGUAUAUAAUAAUGAGACAAAGGGUGAAUAGCCAGCGUUUAAUUUGAAGGGUACCAAACUUAAUUUGAUUUGGUGCAUUUACUGAUUUAACAUUUUUGUAUGCUGGCUUAUAUGUAAGAAAUAUACUUUUAUUAUUGGUGCUUCAUUGUUGAUUAUCAGAUAAUGAAUCAUGAUGGAUGUGCAAGUGUUAGUAAACACACAAUUGAAAUACAGUACAGUCAAUUGUUUUCAAUGCAAUCCAUCAUCCAUGGCUAGAUAGUUGUUGCCUUGAUGAUCAUGAAAGUCAGAAAGAAUGGAUAGGUAUUUUUGUUAAUUUAAUUUUGAUAUUUGAGCCCAAGUUAGCUGCUUGUCCUUUAAUGUGAUUUUUUAUAAAUAUUAAGCUUUAAGCAUACAGCUAAUUUUUUUCUUUGUAAAUGUCUGGUUUUUCCUUUUACCAUUGAAAUACUGAAAGACGUAAUCCCUCAAGUAUUAGCCUUAUCUCUCUUGUUAAACAUAAACGUCCCUGUACCUGCCAAGAAAAUUUUUUCUAAAUCUGCAAUGAUCAUCAAAAACAGAAACCACAAUCAAUUGCAUUGUUUUCAAGUAUUCCUCUAAAUUGUCUAUUUUUUUUUCUUUGAUAUUAUUUCAGUUUGGAGAUUUAUGCUUGACCAGUAGAUGUAAUACUGUAUUUAGUCCAGUAUAUCUACCUUGUAUGCUUUUGUGAUGUUUUGUAGGAAUAUGCUCUCACCUGAAUUUUGUUAUUAAUGUAAAUAUGUAUUUUGGGGGUGCAGCCAAAGCUUCACUGAGGAGCCGACAUCCUUUUUGAUGCACAUCUCUUACAUCUUUCACCCAUUCCAUUGAUUAGGAAUACUGUACUAUAUGUCUCAUUAGUCAGGAGGGACUCUGGCAUCUCUCUUGGUCAUGUAAUCAUAAUGUAUUAACCAUAACUGUGGUUAGCUCAAGAUUACCAGCUGCAAAGCACAAAUCUGAGUUGCAAACAGUAACUAUGUCUUGUCUUCUAUCUUGUCAUCUGAAAUUCCUUUUGGUCACUGUAAAUAUUAGCCAUUACUCAAGACUGUUCUUGGAAUGUCACUAGAUAUAAAUGUAAAGUUUAUAUAACGGAACACAGUUUUGUAUAACUUGAGAGUCAGUAUGUGUAAGUCAUGUAACCAUUUCUUACAAGCUAAUAUGUGCAAUUCUUCAGGAGCAGGUAUUUGUACUGUACCACAUCAUGUGCUCUUUCAAUAAUAACAAUGUUUUAA